GCGGGUCCUAUCAACCUCCGUUGAUUUCGCUCUUCACAAACACGGUCUUUUUUAAAGUUCCGUAGACGAUGAGAGAAAGGGGGUUGUGAGGUUACGGAAAAUAGGGACAGUUUGAAUGUCUUUAAUGCUCGUGGGGCAUAAAGAGAAUCAAAAUAAGAGACGAAGGGGUAUAUCUGGGCGUUUUUGUAUCAUAUUAACAGUUUCCUGGUGUUUAAAUACGGGUAGGCAAUAGCUAGCGCCAUCGGCUAACGGCGUUAGCAGCUAGCGAUCAACCAAACGACAAAGGAAAUAUAGCCAGUAAAUCCACAUUUCCAUAACGAUAUCUUUUAUACGCUUUGCUUAUUCGGAUUGGGGGCUUAUUUUUUGACCAAUCACCAAGAUAGCAGAAAACGGCAGACUCGACCUUUUUGAAUAAACCCGACAAAAAUCCACUAAAAUGGCGGAGCCGGACAAAUUAAACAUUGACUCCAUAAUACAGCGUCUCCUGGAAGUUAAAGGCUCCAGGCCAGGCAAGAACGUACAGCUGACAGAGAGCGAAAUCCGUGGCCUCUGUCUCAAAUCUCGGGAAAUUUUCCUGAGCCAGCCAAUUCUGCUGGAGCUGGAAGCACCGCUCAAGAUAUGCGGUGACGUUCAUGGUCAGUACUAUGACCUCCUUCGUCUCUUUGAGUAUGGCGGCUUUCCUCCUGAGAGCAACUAUUUGUUCCUGGGGGACUAUGUGGACAGAGGGAAACAGUCUCUAGAGACCAUCUGCCUCCUGUUGGCCUACAAAGUCAAAUAUCCUGAAAACUUCUUCCUGCUGCGUGGCAACCAUGAGUGUGCCUCUAUCAACCGUAUAUAUGGCUUCUAUGAUGAGUGUAAGCGACGGUAUAACAUUAAGCUGUGGAAGACUUUCACAGACUGUUUCAACUGUUUACCUGUGGCUGCCAUUGUAGACGAGAAGAUCUUCUGUUGCCACGGAGGCCUCUCUCCAGACCUGCAGUCAAUGGAGCAGGUGCGGCGCGUCAUGCGGCCCACGGACGUACCGGACCAGGGGCUGCUGUGUGACCUGCUUUGGGCCGACCCAGACAAAGACGUGCUGGGUUGGGGAGAGAAUGACCGAGGCGUGUCCUUCACCUUUGGUGCAGACGUGGUGGCCAAAUUCCUUCACAAACAUGACAUGGACCUAAUAUGCAGGGCACAUCAGGUGGUGGAGGACGGUUAUGAGUUUUUCGCGAAGAGACAGUUAGUCACUCUGUUCUCUGCUCCUAACUACUGUGGCGAGUUUGAUAACGCUGGGGCCAUGAUGAGUGUGGAUGAGACACUCAUGUGUUCCUUCCAGAUACUUAAGCCAGCUGAUAAGAAGCUGUACUACGGUGGAGGAGGUGGAAUGGGCUCAGGGCGUCCAGUCACCCCGCCGCGAAAUUCAGCCAAGGGUGGAAAAGCCAAGAAAUAACACCCGCUGGAUGGCCCCUCCACCCCCAACGUCCUCUCUCUUGAAAUUCCCUGUUCUGACCCCACUCUUUCUCUACCUCCCUUCUUUCUUUCCGUCUCCAAAUGGCUGUAAAGCAAAACAGUACCCAGGGUUGAAGUCUUUUUCUCUCUUUUUUUUUUUUUUUUUUU